GGCACCACCUGGUGGGCGUGGCCUCUGGAGGGGGCGUGGUCAGCGGAGCGCGGGGCGGGACGCCGGUGCCGGGCAGCGCAGCGAUGGCGGCGGCGGAGCUGGAGCGGCUGCGGAUGGCGGGGGCCGGCAUGGCCAUCGCCGUGCUCACCAGCGGCGGCGACGCGCAAGGCAUGAACGCUGCUGUGCGCGCCGUCACCCGCAUGGGCAUCUACGUGGGAGCCAAGGUCUUCCUCAUCUACGAGGGCUACGAGGGGCUGGUGGAAGGCGGUGAUAACAUCAAGCAGGCCACCUGGCUGAGCGUCUCCAACAUCAUCCAGCUGGGCGGUACGGUCAUCGGCAGCGCCCGCUGCAAAGCCUUCACCACGAGGCAGGGCCGCCUGCGCGCCGCCCGCAACCUGGUGGAGCACGGCAUCACCAACCUCUGCGUCAUCGGCGGCGAUGGCAGCCUGACGGGUGCUGAUAUUUUCCGCGCGGAGUGGGCAGGGCUGCUGGAUGAGCUGCUGCGGGACGGGCUGAUCAGUGAGGAGGUGGCGAAGGCCAACGGGCGGCUCAACGUGGUGGGCUUGGUGGGCUCCAUCGACAAUGACUUCUGCGGCACCGACAUGACCAUCGGCACCGACUCGGCGCUGCAUCGCAUCAUGGAGGUGAUCGACGCCAUCACCACCACAGCGCAGAGCCACCAGAGGACGUUCGUGCUGGAGGUGAUGGGCCGCCACUGCGGGUACCUGGCGCUGGUGUCUGGGCUGGCCUCGGGGGCCGACUGGCUCUUCAUCCCCGAAUCCCCUCCAGAGGAUGGCUGGGAGGACCUGAUGUGCGAGCGGCUCGGGGAGACCCGUAGCCGAGGGUCACGGCUCAACAUCAUCAUCAUUGCGGAGGGGGCCAUCGACCGCAACGGCAAGCCCAUCUCCUCCAACUACGUCAAAGACCUGGUGGUGCAGCGCCUGGGCUUUGACACGCGUGUCACCGUGCUGGGCCACGUGCAGCGCGGCGGGACGCCCUCUGCCUUCGACCGUGUGCUGAGCAGCAAGAUGGGGAUGGAGGCCGUGAUGGCGCUGCUGGAGGCCACCCCGGACACCCCUGCCUGCGUGGUCAGCCUGUCAGGGAACCAGUCGGUGCGGCUGCCGCUGAUGGAGUGCGUCCAGGUGACAAAGGAUGUGCAGAAGGCCAUGGAUGAGAAGAGGUUUGAUGAGGCAAUCCAGCUCCGUGGAAGGAGCUUUGAGAACAACUGGAACAUCUAUAAACUGUUGGCACACCAGAAGCCAGCGCAGGAGAAGAGCCCCUUCAGCCUGGCCAUCCUGAACGUGGGGGCCCCUGCUGCCGGCAUGAACGCGGCUGUGCGCUCAGCUGUGCGCAUCAGCAUCUGCCGUGGCCACACCGUCUAUGCGGUGAGCGAUGGCUUCGAGGGCUUGGCCAAGGGACAGAUCCGUGAGGUGGGCUGGCACGAUGUGGCAGGUUGGCUGGGACGUGGUGGGUCCAUGCUAGGCACCAAGCGGACUCUGCCCAAGACUUGCAUGGAAAAGAUCGUGGAGAACGUGCGGAAAUUCAACAUCCAAGCUCUGCUGGUCAUUGGUGGCUUUGAGGCAUACGAGGGGGUGCUGCAGCUGGUGGAAGCCCGUGGGCAGUAUGAGGAGCUCUGCAUCAUCAUGUGUGUCAUCCCCGCCACCAUCAGCAACAACGUGCCCGGCACCGACUUCAGCCUGGGCUCGGACACAGCCGUCAAUGCAGCCAUGGAGAGCUGUGACCGCAUCAAGCAGUCGGCGUCAGGCACCAAGCGCCGCGUCUUCAUCGUGGAGACCAUGGGAGGUUAUUGUGGGUAUCUGUCCACCGUCACCGGCAUCGCCGUGGGUGCCGAUGCUGCCUACGUGUAUGAAGACCCCUUCACCAUCCAUGACCUGAAGGCCAACGUGGAGCACCUGACGGACAAAAUGAAGACAGACAUCCAGAGAGGGCUGGUGCUGCGCAACGAGAAGUGCCACGAGCACUACACCACUGAGUUCCUCUACAACCUCUACUCCUCUGAGGGCAAGGGCAUCUUCGACUGCAGGAUCAAUGUCCUGGGCCACCUCCAGCAGGGGGGAGCCCCAACCCCCUUUGAUCGCAACUACGGGACCAAGCUGGGUGUGAAGGCCGUGCUGUGGAUGUCAGAGAAGCUGCAGGAGGCAUAUCGCAAGGGACGUGUGUUUGCCAACUCGGCUGAUUCCGCCUGUGUCAUCGGGCUGAGGAAGAAGGUGGUGGCCUUCAGCCCUGUGACAGAGCUCAAGAAAGUCACUGAUUUUGAGCACCGGUUGCCCCAGGAGCAGUGGUGGCUGAACCUGCGGCUGAUGCUGAAGAUGCUGGCCAACUACCAGAUCAGCCUGACCGAGUACAUCUCGGGGAAGAUGGAGCACGUCACCCGGCGCACGCUCAGCAUCGAGAAGGGCUUCUAGUGGCCAUCCCUGAUGCAUCCUCCCCAGACCCUGCCUGAAAUUGCUGCUCCUUGGGGCCAGUCACUGUGCAAAUUUGGGAAUGGGGGGCUCCCCUGUGCUUGGUUGCGCAGCCCGGCCCCGAAAUCAUCCUCUUCUAGUUUAUUAUUUAAUGAUGGGGUACUCCUGAUUCCUUAUUUCAUGGCUUGAUAGCCCAAACCAAUUGCUGCUUUUAGCUGACGACCCCGCGCGGGAGGGGAGUGGAGGAGGAUGCCGUGCAGUGCCGGAAUAGGCACAGGGCACCAGUCCUGGCAAUCCCCUGUCCCUGGCCACCCUGCAUGACGCUUGGCUGUCACGACCACCACCACGUGGCCCUUGGUGCCACCAGCAGGGCCGUGCCCAUCAUCUCACUACCGCUCCAUGACCCCACCGUGUCUCACCAUCGCGGCGUCGCUUGUGUCUUAGAGAUAAAACCUGCUGGAGCCAACGCUGCGUCACCAGCGUGGUCAUUGCGGUGCCAUGAGGAGGAGGACUGGAGGCUGUGUCCCCGUG